AUGUACUUACAUACUCAGGUCAUCCCUACCUCUGCUAGUGGUUCACCGGCCCCAAAAGCUUCAUGCGCAGUACCAAUAUUGGGGGUACAUACAUUGGCUGUCAGCCCGCCCCUUGGUAUUGACUACGAGGAACGACAGUACCACAUCGACCUGAGCAGGUCCCUGAACUUCACACCCUCCUUAAACGACCCCACUCCAGAAUUCACAAUUGAACGAGCCGACUGCGGGUUUGGACAGUCGCAGCGUACCCUCGUCUUAAAACCCGGACUACAAGCGACAUCCCUCCCGUGGGCCGUACUUCUUCAGCGGCGCGCCAUCUGGAGGUCUGUGAUCAGGCCCUUGUGCUGCUCGUUGCCUCCUCCCGGCAGUGGAGUCAACCAUCUUAAGACGUACGCAUAUACAGCUCCCCAGUUCACUUCGUUCAGCUAUUGCUUGCUUGUCAAUCCUUCCAGUUCCUUUAAGCAUCCAAAUUACUUGUAUUCUCUUCCCUCCGAAUAUACCCUAGUCUCUGUUCUUCCAAGCUCUAUCCUCGAUGGCUGUUGGCAUGGACCACUGAUACGCCGACCCCUAGUUCCAGCCCGUCUUUCGUGCGCGAAAGGUCUUCCCGGACCCUUUGGCCUUUUCAUGGUUGCUGACGCUGGCACGCUCACCGACCGUUUGUGGGGUCUCGCUCCUCCAAGUCCAGCAUUGCUUGACUAUUGA